AUGGAGGAGGAUGGACGUUCGGAUCGGCUAUCGGCCGCGGGGCUCAGGGAGGUUAGACGUGAUUCUAGGGACAAGUCCAAGGCUGGUGCACUUAAGAUAGAAUUCCAGUAUUAUGGAGGAAUAAUCGGUAACCUUGAGCCAGCCCUGACGGACGCGGGAGAGCGCGCUCUAGCCUCGAACUGGACGAAGAAAUUAUUCGGCGUCGAGUACCACGUGGAGGUGCUGAUGGACAAGCGUAACAGGUACUUGGCAGCCUUGGCGAUCAAUAUGAUCAAUGACCAGAUGAGCGGGGUCUUCGAGACUGUUCCCCCGGAGGGACCGCUCCAAGAGAUCGAAGAGUUAUCGAUAAUCAGCCCGGGACAGGCCGAGUGGGAGCGAGACACCACGUGGUCGGAAUUCUACUCCGCUAUUCCGGAGGACAUGGAUGAAAUUUCAUGCACUUUUCAUCCCAACGAAGGAGAUUGCGAGGAGAACGCAGACAUGGAUAAGCAGUUGGAAAAUGAAUUUUGGUUUCUCCUGUAUCACAUUCGACCCUGCGCUGCCAUAAUGCCCUGUCCCGCCUCAAAAUCGAAGGUCAUUCAUUGGAUUUACGCCCUCUGUCGUUUGAGCGCUAAGAAGUGUCACAAGAUGAAGAAUUUGAGGAAUGAAUAUACUUAUUCGCUGUAUUCGUAUGUUAUUGAUCUGAAAGUUGCUGGACCUUUUGAAGAGAGUCCUCCGAGGCGGAAAUUACCUCCGCUUGCUGAAUUAGCCAAAAAAACUGCUGAAAGGUAUCCCAUAACAUCUCCGUACAACUCCCAAGCAAAUUCAUUCAUGGAGGCACAACCAGCCCCCGAGGAAGGUGCAAUAUGUUACGUAGCAGUCACUGGGAAUAUGUUCGAUCCAAAUAAACUACUUCCAAGAUAA